UGCUGGUGCGCUACCCCGUGCAGCCCGAGGUUAAUAUUCCGCAUCGCUCUCACCUGCCCAGGUCGCGGGGCCGCGAGACCGCGGGAAGGACUUCCGGCAGAGUCCGGAGCGGGGCGGAGAUGGUGGAGAGUGGUACCUCGUUAAACCAGAAUUUGUUGGAUGUUUUCGAGUCAGUGGUCUUUGAGGAUGUAGCUGUGGACUUCACCCCAGAGGAGUGGGCUUUGUUGGAUCCAGCUCAGAGGAACCUCUACAGAGAUGUGAUGCUGGAGACCUUCAGGAACCUGGCCUCAGUGGGAGAAAACUGGAAAUGCCAUAGCAUUGAAGAUCAGCACAAGAACCAGGGAACACAUUUGAGAUGGCGUGUGGUGGAGAUACCCUCAGAAAAUAAUGAAAGUAAUCAAUGUGGAGAAACCAACCAGAUUUCCAAUCUUAUUGUACAUAAGAGACUUUCUACUGGAGUAAAAUCCUAUGAAUACAAUAAGUUUGAAAAACCCAUCAUGGAUUCUUCAUCCCUCAAGAGUCCCAUAGCAUCAUCUCAACAUGGACAAAAACCCUAUCAGUGUAAGGAAUGUGGGAGAACCUUUAUUUCUUACUCAUCAUUUGGGGCACACAUAAGAGCUCACACUGAAGAGAAACCCUACGCAUGUAAAGAAUGUGGAAAAGCCUUUAUAUAUUUCUCCAAACUUAGAGUCCAUAUAAGAACUCACACUGGAGAGAAGCCUUAUGAAUGUGAAAAAUGUGGGAAAACCUUCAGAUCUCCCUCAAACCUUUGGACACAUAGAGAAACUCAUACUGUUGAGAAACCCUAUGCUUGUAAAGAAUGUGAGAAAUCCUUCUCUUCUCCCUCUUCUCUUAGAAAACAUGUGAAUGUUCACAGUGCAGAAAAAGCCUAUGAAUGUAAGGAAUGUGGAAAAGCCUUCCUUCCUUCUUUUUACCUGAUCAUACAUGCAAGGAUGCACACUGGAGAGAAAGCCUAUAGAUGUGUGGAAUGUGGGAAAGCCUACAGCUGGCCCUCAGACCUUAGGAUUCACAUAAGGACACACUCUGGAGAAAAGCCUUAUGAAUGUAAACAGUGUGGAAAAUCUUUCAGUUCUCCUUCAUCCUUUAAGGGACAUUUGCGAACUCACACUGGAGAGAAACCUUACGCAUGUAACAAAUGUGGGAAAGCCUUCAGUAGUCCUUCAUACUUUAGAACACAUGUGCGAAUUCACACUGGAGUAAAACCCUAUGUGUGUAAGCAAUGUGGGAAAGCUUUCAGUUGGUCAUCAUCUUUUCGAGGACAUUUGAGAACUCACAGUAGAGAGAAACCGUAUGAAUGUAAGGAAUGUGGUAAAGCCUUCAGUAGGCUUUCAUCCUUACAAAGACAUGUGAGAAUUCACACUGGGGAGAACUCUGAAUGUCAGCAGUGUGAGAAAGCCUUCUAUACUCCCCUAUCCUUAAAGAAAACACAUGGAAACUCAGGAAGGAAGGAAACUCCAUGCCAGUUCCAAUGAUGGAAGGCCUGCAUGCAGUUUACAUGUAUUGUGCACCACAAACUGCAUAGCAUUGGAAAAUAUUUACAAAGGUCUUGGAUAUACUGUUGGCUUUAUUAGUGCCUUAUUCUUAAAGUAGAUCCCUAUCACAUUAUUUCCAGUUCUUUAUGAGGAUAACAUCUAGGAGAUAAUAAUUCUUUAAGUAUUACUUUGCCAGGGCUGCCCUAACAGAUCGCCACAAAGUUGGUGGCUUAAAGAAACAAAUGUAUCCUCUUUCAGUUCUGGGUACUAGAAAUUGGAAAUCAGGCGUUAUUAGGGUUGGUUCCUCAUGAGGGUUCUGAAGAAGAAUCAGAUCCACGUGCUCUACAAACUUCCAGUGGCUACAGCAAUCCCUGGUGUUCUUGGCUUGUGGACGCCAUCAUUUAUUUAUUUACUUAUUUAUUUUUUGGGCCACACUGUGAGACAUGCAGGAUCUUAGUUCCCUGACCAGGCAUUGAAACUGCGCCCCCUGCAGUGGAAGCACAGAGUCCCAACCACUGGACUGCCAGGAAGUCCCAGUAGACACAAGCAUGCAUCAUUCCAAUUUCUGUCUUAAUUUUUUUAAAUUAAUUAAUUUAAUUUUGGCUGCAUUGGGUCUUCAUUGCUGCGUACAGGCCUUCCCUAGUUGUGGCGAGC